CCGAUCGCGGCAAAUGACGACGCAAGAUCCCUGUUCCUUAGGGGGAGGGAGGUGAUGAGAGACCAGGAGACCAUAAGUACAUCAGUACAGCUCCAAAUCAUUUCGCCACGCUUCCCUAAUUUUAAAUGUCCCCCUGACGUUUCAGAAGUAGAGCAUGAAGGUCAGGAGGGGGCCAAAGCUGUUUGGGAGACAUCACAUCCUAGUCUCUGUGUAUCUAUCUAUCAAUCUCCUUGACGGUGCAUGAUGUUGUAAUACCUCCCACAAUUCUGGACGGCCACCCGCCGGCAGCUAGACCCGAGCCAUCGCUCAGGCCUCCCUGAACCUCCGCCCUAGUACAUACCUUUGGGCCCAAACACUCUGAAAGUAUCAUGGCCGCUGUCGGCUUGUCCACCUUUGGCACUUCUCCCGAAUCGGAUUCAUACCUUGCCAGAGCUGCAAUGUCGACCACCAUGUCGAGUCACAGCACCGAUCAAUCUUCCAUCUCAGAAGCUCAGCCUACUCGAGCUACCAUGGCGAGACUGGCCUCCGCAUCUUCUCAUCAACUCUUCCACUCGUCAUCACACCGACCUGACUCGAUGGCGAGCGAUCAAACGGAUCACAUCGUGGACGCGUUGGCGAGUUUGCCAUGGGCCGAGCCGCCUACGAAGUCGUCCCCUACAUUGUCGGCCGCGCGUACACCUACCUACUCGUUCCUCUCUUCCGACCCCUCUCAGCCUCGUGCGACGCAGUCGCGGCAUGACUCUCGGGCGUCAACAGCGUCGUCUAGGCGAAUGAGGAGAGAGGAGGACUUUCCCAUGUCACCUAGUGUCAUGACACAUGAUUUUCACGAGAUCCAAGUGGCGAGGCUGUCAAAUUGUUCUGGUAUGGCAGACGUUUCGAUCAGGGGCUCUACAUACUCGGCAGCGCCAUCGCCUUACGCUCGGACGUUUGGCAUCACGCCAGAGGUGACUCCGCAUUCCGGUUCACGUUCUGCGAGGAGCUCCAUGAUCAGAGCGUUGUCGAGACGGAGCGUUCGGAGCAAAUCCACCAAGUCGUCCAAGUCGAAACGAGGAUCUUCAUCGACUCUUGGUCAUCGAUUUGGAGACAAGCGAUGGGAGUGGGCCAAGAAUGACAACAGUGUCGAGGUAGAGGAGACCAUGGAUCUUUUGUCCUUGGUAGGGAGAGCAACGGUCUUGGAGCGGAUGCUCAAGCGGGGCAAGCGGGUCAGCACCGCCACUCAACAUUCGUUGAGGAUACCCUCGAGAGUCUCCUCGCGGGCAUCUUCUCGUCCAAGAACGCGUACACCGCAAUCGUCGCGAUCUCUUCGUAUGCGCCUGUCUCGAAGACUAAGGCGUCAGUCAUCUCAGGAAGACAUCUUCACCGAGCUAGCAAGUGACGACGAGGAGGAGGAGGAGAUGGAUGAUCCGACUCUUUUCCCACCAGAGGCGCAAAGGAGACGGUUCUCACUCCCUCCGUCCUCCUACCAUCGAUUCAUGCGCGGUGUUCAAGUCAGCGAGAACAUUGUCGUGUUUCCACAAGAGCGACCACCACCUGUACCGGAAAAGGAUGUCUUCAAUUGUACACGGGUGAUCUGUGUGGACCCCAUGUCACCGUUGUGGAUCCCGGUGGAUCUAGGAGAGGCUGAGAAGGGUGAGGGAGUGGCCGAUCGAAGUCAAUCGCCUCAUCUAGGUCAUCGAAGUCCCCAUUGGAGGAAUCGGCAAAGUGUCAUUAGUUAUAUGUCGAUGGGUCAAUGGGAUCAGCUGGCUACCAGGCGAUGGUGGAUCGCCGUGGGGUCGGGUGUGGCAUUGAUCCUUGUAUUGAUCGUCGGGCUCCUAGCUGGGUUGUUGAGUAGACGAUAGUGUGUUGUCUUUGGGAAGUAGGAAUUUGUCUGAUGAUGAUAUUCA